AUGUUGAUUGAGGAGGUGCCGGAGGUGGAUACUUUAAAGGAUGUUGCCAAGAUUGUCAAGAGUUUAUCGGAUCUAGGGCAACCGCCUCUGCGAUAUCAUGGAGAUCUACUCGCAAUAGAGUCGGCGAAAAUUAUCAACUAUGAUGUGGUCAAGGCCAUCUCAUUGCAUGCUAACCCCAAUCUCAGCUGGUGCUCAGAGGCAAAUGCUCAGAUCGUGUCUUCAAUCAUCCAAUCAAACAAUCUACAGUCCUACCUCACCCAGUUCCUCAAUCAAGAGUUUCGAUCCAAUUUGAAAAAAGUUGAAAAACAAGCAAAGCUGGGCUUGGGCGGGCGGCGACUGGGGUUGCGGCCGAAAUUGACGUUCCAGGACCAGACAUUCGACCCUGUACCGUUGGCGCAGGCGUGGUUUUUGAUUGAAGUGACCAAGAACAAAGACCGUGAGGUGAAUAUGCUCAUUUUGUUGUUGCUCAUUGACGAUUUUUACUUUGACACAUGGGGGAAGAUUGAAACUUGUAAAGUAUUGCAAAAGUUGAAGCUAGACACCUUGAACUCGUUGGUUCCUCAGUUGAGGGAAAGCUUGUCCAAAUGUCUAUUGCACAUCCCUCCCGUGACCCCCGAGGACGAGUCCUUGUCGCUUUUGCAAGUGGCGUAUCCUAGCUUGUACCGCGUUGAUGAUGAAUUCGGCACAAACUUGAACUACAUCGAGACCAUUGCCACCAUCAUGUCGUCGAUGAGCUACGCUGCAAAUUUCGAAAAGACAAUGUGUUUUCUAUUGGAGCAACUAUCAAUCUGCAUCAAACGCAUUGGUGUCGACGUUCUCAUCAGCGUUUCCAAAAUCUUCUACUUGUUGAACCAACUCAUCACCAAUAUCGCGAUGAUGGAGAGGUGCAAGGUUAUACUAGCUGCUCUUCGAGCGCAGAAUGAGAUUCUCCAACUCGAAUCACCAUUGUUAUACUCGUUCAUUUUCGACCUCGUGGGGGCUUACGCUUUGUUGACGAAAAGGGUGGAAAAGUACAAAGUUGCAGACAUUCAGGAGCAAAUCCUGGUGAACCGCGGGUCCUUGCGACAGUUGGCUGUAAGUUGUGGCAAAUUGUCAGAAUUUGACGAAUUAUGUACAUAUAUACAAUGA